AACUGAAAUUAGAUUAUUCUCUAUUGUUUGUGAUGCCAUAGAUGGUUAAAAAAUUUCUUUCAAGACAACAGCUGGUCCGAUUGAAUAGACAGUCUAAGGGAGCGUCUGUUGUGGAAGAGUAUGCUUGUCAUCUUCAAAUGAGGAGAACUCCCAAUUUACGGGGGAACACUGUGACAAUUGAAAAUGGAAUUGAGUUUUUUCUUCCAGUAGAAGAACAACCACUUUCAAACUUGGAAAUACAAGCCAUCACUGCCUUGACAGGAACAGCACCACAGUUGACUGGUACAGCAUGUUGGGCCAUAGUGAGACAUGAAGUUUUUCAUUCACUUCUCUACAAGAGAUGUGGUAGCAGUUCAAGUAUGGUAGUAGAAAUUGAGAGUGCCACUCUCCUUUAUGGAAAAGUUCUGAAAUUUGUUCUUGUUGAAUCGACAGCAGUUGCAAUAGUACAACGAUACCAUAGGCAUCAAUCUAACAUUUGUAAGGAUGGUCAGCAAUUGCCAACGUUAUCGCUGCUAAGACGACUUGUUCGAGACAAUCGUCUCGCAUCAUUCUACAUGCCAGUGGAAGAGUUAGAUGAACUAGUUGCUGUGUACUGCAGUAAAAUAAGUAAAAAGUGCAUUUUUGUUGCUGACAAUGAUUUUAGUGACAAUGUAUGUGGAUUUUUGGUGCCGGUUUUAAGAGAUUAUCGUGUGUAGAGUGUGCAAACUGUAUUAGUAUUAGUAGCUGUAGCCUAGAAUUGAAUAAUAUUGGCAAAAGUUGU